AUGACUAAAACUACACCCCCUAAACACAAAGGUGUUGAACUGAAGACAAUGAUCACAAUCGUAAACUAUCUGAACUUGGCGAGCGCGCAAAAUCUCGACUGUACAUUUGAAAACGACUUUUGCACGUGGCAGCAGGCCCACGGCUCGGACAAUGCAGACUGGGGGCGACAGAAAGGUGCGACAGCGACGGCAGGGACGGGGCCGUCCUCUGACCAUACAACAGGAAGCGGCUACUACGCGUACUACGAGACGUCAGUGGGCGGGACCAACUACAAGGCUCAGCUGAUCAGCCCCACGCUGACCAUCACGCCGGGCAAGACCAAGUGCUUCUCGUUCUGGUACCACAUGUAUGGCGAACACGUCAACGCGCUCAACGUCUACGAGAAAACGCAGACCGGGAAACCCAGCGCUGUGUGGACGCGGCACGGUAACCAAGGCAACAACUGGACAGAGGCCCGCAUUGAUCUGCCUGCAAGGAGAAACUUUCAGGUUAUGCUGGAAGCUGUCCGAGGAAGGGGCUGGAAGGGAGAUAUAGGACUUGAUGACAUCAAACUAAGAGACGGACCGUGUCCGCCGACUGGAGUCAUCAUGCCAACUGCACCACCAGGGGCCAAGACGUCACCAGCCCCCGUGACCACGGCAUGUGACUUUGAGCUAUCAAGCAUCUGUGGCUACACCCAAGACAAGAAUGACUCGUUUGAUUGGAGGAGAUCGAAUGGGAAGACCUCAUCCGUGAUGACCGGUCCCACCAAUGACCACACCUAUGGAACACCUGCAGGUCAUUACAUGUUCAUCGAGGCGUCAGAUGCAUCUCCACGUGCUAAGGCUCGCUUGAUUUCGCCUCUCCUGCCCUUCGGCCGGAGGUACAGAUGUCUGCAGUUUUGGUACAGCAUGUAUGGUCAAGACAUCGAUACUCUCAACAUUUAUGCAAAAUCAGGCCAUUCCCUUGGAACAGUGUUGUGGACUAGAUCUGGCAAUCAAGGACAAGACUGGCAAAUUGCACAAGUUAACAUGCGUCCAGGACCAAGUUACCAGAUUGUAUUUGAGGCGAUUCGUGGUAAAGAAUUUCAAGGAGACAUAGCGAUAGACGAUAUUAAAUUGCUUCCUAACCGAUGUCCAAACCCAGGUUCCUGUAACUUUGAGAGAGAUCUGUGCACCUGGAUGAACACCCAGAGAAAUGAUGACUUUGACUGGAUUCGACAUUCGGGGAGAACAUCCACUGCAGGGACAGGACCUGCCGUUGACCACACCUACAGAAGACCAACAGGUCACUAUGUCUACAUUGAGGCUAGUGCUCCACAGAAGGCUGGAGACCGAGCUCGCUUGGUGAGCCAGACGUUUUCAAAGAGUUCACGGAAUCGGUGCCUCUACUUCUACUAUAACAUGAACGGCAGGAACAUGGGCACCCUCCGAGUAUUUGUCUCAGCUGGUGGUGUUGAAACGUUGGCAUGGCAACUCACUGGACAACAAUCCACUAGAUGGUUGUUUGGUCGAGUUCUGGUUCCAAGAGGACAAAACAUCAAGUUAAUACUGGAGGCUGUGGUUGGGUCUGGUGUCGCAAGUGAUAUGGCCAUUGAUGAUCUACAACUUCUAAAUGUUGCCUUCUGUAGAACGUAUCCACCAAAGGCGAGACCACCUACCCUAACAACAACUAGAAAAACCACGACACACCGUCCACCAACAACCUCUCCUGUUACGAGUGUCACUUCAUCGAAGGCACCAGGCUCAAAAUCUGUGUCUUGCAACUUUGAGCAUGACAUGUGCAGUUGGGUGCAGCUGAAAGACGAUGAUUUUGAUUGGACGAGACACCAGGGUUCAACCUUGACCGGUAACACUGGCCCUUCGGCAGACCACACUACAGGACAUGGAUGGUAUUUGUACAUGGAGGUUUCUCUCCGCCGCGCGAAUGAAUCGGCAAGGAUUGAGAGCAAGACGAUAAUCCCAAAACAGACGACGCAGUGCCUGUCGUUCUGGUACCACAUGUUUGGGGACCACAUCGGCCGUCUCAACGCAUACAUCAAAACAACGCCAGCUCUGGGCAGCCCCAUCUGGACGAAGACAGGAUCCCAGGGAAACCAGUGGAUCCUGGCUCAGAUAACGGUGACGCGAGGCCACACCCCGUACUCUGUUGUCAUCGAAGGUAUUGGUGGAAAUGGCUACAAAGGAGAUAUUGGUUUGGAUGACAUGUACCUCAUAGAUGGCGCCUGUACAGUUCCGACAAUUACACCGUCGGGACCUGCUGUGGUGACCACUGUACUACCAGGCCAGGCAAUCCGGAAGUGUGACUUCGAGGCGGCUAACAUCUGUAACUAUGUCCAGGAUAAAACCGACAGGUUUGACUGGAAGAGGACAACUCUGAAAACAGCAACGUUUGGUACUGGCCCAAGCGCUGACCACACCUAUGGCACCGCUAGUGGACACUACAUGUAUACUGAAGCCUCGGGUCGGAGACGAGGAGACAAAGCCCGACUCAUCACCCCGCUAUACCACGACAAGCAGGCCGUCUGUGUCCAGUUCUUUUACCAUAUGUAUGGCUCGACAAUGGGAACCUUGAAUGUGUAUGCAAAGCUUGGAAAUAAUUUGGGACGACCAUUGUUCACUCGGUCUGGUAACCAGGGCAACAAGUGGAUCGUUGGUCAGGCAAAUAUCCCGGCAUCAGCUGCCGCAGCGUACAAGGUGGUCUUUGAAGGGGUUCGCGGUACUAACUACAGAGCUGACAUUGCCAUCGAUGAUAUCAGUUUUAAAAUGGGAUCGUGUUCCAAUCCAGGUGACUGUGAUUUUGAGCAAGGCCUGUGUACGUGGCACAAUGCGGUCACUGGUGACCAGUUCGAUUGGAUUCAGGGCAGUGGAGGAACCACAACUGUUGGGACUGGACCUUCCAGUGACCACACACGCGGCGACAAGACAGGAAAGUACAUGUUCAUCGAGACGUCGGUUCCACGACAGCUGGGCGACAAGGCCUGGUUUGUGAGUCAGGGAUUCCCGCCGGCGUCGAGAAGUGGCCGAUGUAUUCAGUUCUGGUACAACAUGAACGGCAAGACGAUCGACACACUCAGUGUGAUGGUCAGGACACCAGGCAUCUCCGACUUCAUCAUCUGGCAACUGAAGGGCACUCAAGGUUCAGGCUGGAUGAAUGGUCAGGCCCCGAUUACCCAGACAAGACACAGCUACAUGAUAGUGUUUGAGGGCAGACGAGGCACAAGUUACCAGGGAGACAUCGCCAUUGAUGAUAUCACAUUCACCGAAUCAACUUGCGGAGUUGCACCUCUUACUGCCACCGCACCUCCACAAACAACGAUCACCGUGCCGGUAGUGGGGUCGUCAGCAAUGCCUGGUGUCUUUAACUGCACCUUUGAGAGUGACCUGUGUGGGUGGAGUCAGGACAAGCGGGAUCAGUUUGAUUGGCAGCGGCAUCACGGAACUACCACCAGCGUGGGCACCGGACCAUCCAGCGACCAUACCACAGGAAAAUCAGGAGGCUACUAUAUUUACACUGAAGCUUCAGUACCUCGGAAGAGGGGCGACAAGGCUCGAUUGAUAAGUCCCCCAGUAACGACUGGGUUACAUUGUCUGACCUUCUGGUACAACAUGUACGGCCAACACGUGGGGAUGCUCAACAUCUACAUUCAGACGGGGGUGGCCCUGCCGUCAAGACCAGUGUGGACGAAGCGGGGCACCCAGGGCACUGUGUGGAAACAAGCCAUGGUCUCGGUCUCUGUACCACACAGUUUCAAUAUUGUGUUUGAAAGUAUACGAGGUGCUGGUUUCCUUGGUGACAUGGCCCUUGAUGACGUUGCCUUGACAACAGGCUCUUGUUUAGCAGCCCCAUCAACGUCUGCAAAGAGUUGUAACUUUGAACCGACCAACAUCUGUGGGUUUUCCCAGGAUCGAACUGACAACUUUGACUGGACAAGAUCAGCCGGCCGAACGUCAACUGUUGGAACAGGACCAAGUGCCGAUCACACCUACAACACUCAGGCUGGACACUACAUGUAUGUUGAGACGUCGGCGCCGAGACGGCCUAACGACAUCGCACGGUUAAACUCCUUCAUCGUGAAGAGCUCCCCAUCCUCCCAGUGUGCGAGGUUCUGGUACCACAUGUACGGGCGGCACAUCGGCACUCUCAACGUCUAUGUCAUGAAGGGAGGCCGCCGCGGCACUCCUGUAUGGAAAAUGAAAGGUAACCAGGGCAACCAGUGGACGAUUGCAACUGUCACAGUACCAGCUGCUCCUGCUACCACUUCAUAUCAGAUUGUGUUCGAGGUUAUCCGAGGAGCUAGUUACCUUGGUGAUAUCGCCAUUGACGACUUCAGCAUCAGCAGUGGACCGUGUGCCAAAAAUGAUGGCUGUAACUUCGAUCACGGUUUGUGUGGCUGGACCAAUGACAAAACAGAUCAGUUUGACUGGAUGUUAAACAAGGGCUCCACAAGUACCACAGGCACUGGGCCAACCAAUGACCACACACAGGGAAAUGCAUCUGGCCGGUAUGUCUAUAUCGAAGCAUCCGUACCACGGAAACUAGGAGAUGUUGCUCGUCUGCUAAGUCAGAACAUCCCGCCAUCAAAGAGCUCGUGCCUUCACUUCUGGUACCACAUGUACGGCUCGAGUGUGGGAACACUGCGGGUGUGGGUACGCAAUCAGGUGUCAAACCCCAACCCUAUCUGGGAACUCGCAGGACAGCAGCAAAACAAAUGGAUGCAAGGACAGGUGAAAAUCCCUCCACAGUCGGUGGAUUUCAAGAUAGUCUUUGAAGGAGUUCGAGGCAAGGACUGGAAUGGAGAUAUUGGGCUGGAUGAUGUAUCCAUAGACAAAGUCACAGCUUGUAACAGAAUGCCCCCAAGUGCCACUCCCAAAGUAACCCAGAAGCCUUCAUCAACUCUACGGACAUCGACAGUCGCUACGACCAAACUAACAGCAGCCACAACAACAGCAAAACAAACAGGAGGCACCAGUAUUAAGUGUGACUUCACAUACGACACAUGUGGCUGGGUGCAGGACAAAUCGGAUCAGAUGGAUCUGCUCCGACACUCUGGUCGUACGACAACGUUUGGAACAGGACCCAAGGGAGACCACACCACUGGAUAUGGAUACUACAUGUAUCUUGAAGCAUCGACAAAUGCUCACGGUCAUGCAGCUCGAAUCGUCAGUCCUGCAGUGACCUUGACCUCUGGUCAAAGCCAGUGUUUUACCUUCUGGUAUAACAUGUACGGCCCAAGCAUCGGCAGUCUCAAUGUGUACUUCAAGCAAAACAACAAUCUCGGCUCGGCCAUCUGGAGCCUGAAAGGCAGUCAAGGCUCAGUGUGGAAGAAGGCUUCGGUCACUGUGACCGGGAAAUCUCCAUUGAAGAUUGUAAUUGAGCUGACAAAGGGUACCAGCUACAGAGGUGACAUAGCAAUCGAUGAUACAAACUUGGUUAAUGGUGCUUGUUCAGGAUCGUCUGGACCCACAGGCAGUUUGUCGUCUCUGCUGUCGUGUAAUUUUGAACCGGCCGGUGUCUGUGGCUACAAACAGGACAAGUCAGAUAACUUUGACUGGACGUGGAAAUCUGGAGGAACGAUGUCUGCCGGCACAGGACCCCACAAUGAUCAUACAUACGGAACAACAGCAGGUCAUUAUUUCUACAUUGAAUCAUCGUCACCGAGAAAGCUAGGCCAGAAAGCUCGACUUAUGUCUCCGAUGACAAAAACUGGCGGCCCAGCCUGCCUGACGUUCUGGUACAACAUGUACGGCAGGACUGUCGGAGUUCUGAAUAUCUACACGAAGACUGGCUCGAGUCUUGGCAUACCGGUGUGGAGUCGACGUUCCAAUCAGGGUAACAAGUGGAAUGUGGAACAGGUUACUCUGAAAACACAGUCACCCUUUCAGCUGGUGUUUGAAGGUGUAAUUGGGAGUGGAUAUCAAGGAGACAUAUCGAUUGAUGAUGUGAAUGUGACACUUGGGUCGUGCGUCAACCCAGGUAGCUGCAAUUUUGAUAGCAAGACAUUCUGCACGUACACUAAUGUCAAGGAUGGGUCUGACCAGUUUGACUGGACUCUGCGGCAAGGUAGAACAAGUUCUGUUGGAACAGGACCCAGUGCUGACCACAGUACUGGAACCGCAAAAGGAACAUAUGCAUUCGUUGAAACGAGCACUCCUCGGAAAUAUGGAGACAAAGCUCGUCUGUUGAGCGAGUCUCUGCGGGCCACGGGGACCUCGACCAACUGCUUCAAGUUCUGGUUCAACAUGUAUGGGACCACCGUCGGGACCCUGCGCAUUGGCUACAUAACCAACUCCUCCUCGUUCCCAGGCCAGACCAAGUGGCAGGUGGCAGGAAACCAGGGCACCAAAUGGAUAGCCGGACAGUUUCCCGUGAAGUCAGCCACCGAGUUCAGAAUUCUCCUUGAAGGUGUUGUGGGGAGGGGAUUUACUGGUGACAUAGCUAUAGAUGAUAUAAAGUACGUCACUGGGACAUGUGCCUGGUCACCAGCAACUGCCAGACCCAUGGGUGUCACCACAAAAAUAACAACUGCUCGGUCAACGAUCCCUCCAACUGCAACUUCGUUGCCUGGGACAUUCAGCUGUAACUUUGAGAGUAACUUGUGUGGCUGGACUCAGGCUAAAGAUGAUAAUUUUGACUGGACGAGACAGAGAGGUCGCACUGUGUCCCGGAACACCGGACCCUCCGCAGACCACACAACAAAACAUGGGUACUACAUCUUCAUUGAAACGUCCAGUCCACGACAUCCCAACGACAAGGCUCGCAUCAUGAGUCCUGUAGUGUCGUCGACUGGUGUGAAGUGUCUGCGUUUCUUCUACCACAUGUACGGUGCACACGUCAACACACUGAACGUCUAUGCCCAGGCUGGCUCUAACCUCGGCACUGUGUUGUGGACUCGGAGAGGAACCCAGGGAAACCGGUGGAUCUCCGGUACUCUCGACAUCAAUGUGAAAGGGCAGUAUAAAGUGAUAUUUGAGGGCGUGAGAGGUCAGAGCUUCCUCGGUGAUAUUGCUUUAGACGAUAUCUCACUCGCUGAUGGAUUUUGUUCAGCGAAUGCAACUACCCUGGCUCCUGGAGUCACACCAACCGGUAGUUCGGCAGCCGUGAAGUGCAACUUUGAAAACCCAACAAUCUGCGGCUACGUUCAGGACAAGACGGACAAGUUUGACUGGACGAGACAAGCAAGCAGAACGUCCUCCAGGAACACCGGGCCAAGCAGUGAUCACACGUAUGGAACGCGUGUCGGUCAUUACAUGUACAUAGAGACAUCUGUCCCGCGAGUGAGGGGAGACACGGCCAGACUGAUGACUCCUCUCUUCUCAAGACCAGCCUCAGACACGUGCAUCUCCUUCUACUACCACAUGUAUGGCCGCAACAUCGGAGCCCUCAAUGUCAAGAUCAAAACGAACACUCUGCUAACAAAUGCUUUGUGGACAUUAUCUGGUAACCAAGGCAACAAGUGGUCUAUUGCCCAGUUUACACUUCCAGCAUCAAAAGUCCUUCAGUCAUACAGAGUUGUAUUUGAGGGAGUUGUUGGGUCGGGCUUCCUGGGAGAUAUUGCUAUUGAUGACGUCGCCAUUACACCCAGUUCCUGUUCUUCUACAGGUGCUUCGUGUUCCUUCCAAAGUGGACUCUGUACGUGGACAAACGUACAGAACACCGGUGACAACUUUGAUUGGACCAUUCAGUCGGGUUCUACCAGUACUCUUGGCACUGGGCCAAGUAAUGACCAUACUCUGAACUCGGCUGCAGGUAAAUACCUCUUCAUCGAAGCCUCCAGUCCGAGAAAACCCGGUGACAAAGCAUGGCUCGUCAGUCAGAGAAUGUCACCGUCCACUACUCGCUGUCUCGGAUUUUGGUACCACAUGAGUGGCAGGAACGUCGGCACGCUGAACAUCAUCAUCUCUGUGUCGACGUACAGGAAGGUGGUGUGGACGUUGUCUGGAGAUCAGGGCAAUCAGUGGGUGAACGGACACACACCCUUGUCAUCUACUGUUCCUUAUCAGAUCUAUAUUGAAGGAGUAAGAGGCAAUGGAUAUCUUGCUGAUAUAGCUGUAGAUGACAUUGUGGUUACCGAGGCUACUUGUGGAGUCCAACCUCCUAAAGCAGGCUCUGGUGUGACCCUGGUUCCUGUAACUUUUACCACUGGCCUUCCUGCAACACCAUCUACUGGUCCGUUUAACUGUAACUUUGACAAUAACUCGUGUGGCUGGACUCAGGACAACACUGACAAUUUUGACUGGGUGAGGUUCCGUGGCAGCACUCCAACAAUCGGCACUGGGCCAACAGCCGACCACACCACCACCCGAGGAUACUACUACUACAUGGAGACGUCGGCGCGUAAACCCAACGACAAGGCGAGACUGAUGAGUCCACAACAACCGGGCGGUAUCAGCUGUUUCUCUUUCUGGUACUUCAUGUACGGCGACCAUGUGAAAACCAUGAACGUCUACCUCAAGACUCGACCGUCACUAGGGCAACCAAUCUUCUCGAAGACCGGGGUACAGGGGCGGCAGUGGAUUCAGGUGCAGGUCAACAUCAAUACAAAAGUGCAGUUCCAGAUUGUGAUUGAAGGUAUAGUGGGAGCAAGUUACCGUGGCGAUAUUGCAGUAGAUGAUGUUGCUAUAGUUCUUGGAGCUUGUGUGCAAGCAUCUCCAAGUCCUGGAACUUCCUCAGGUAUCGACUGCACGUUUGAGAGUACUAACCUCUGUGGAUACACUCAAGAUAAAGCCGAUAAUUUUGACUGGAUAAGGAAAUCUGGUAGGACCUCCUCCAGUGGAACAGGCCCAUCCAGUGAUCACACAUAUGGAUCAACAAGAGGACACUACAUGUACAUUGAAAGCUCUGCUCCCAGACACCAGGGACAGAAAGCCAGACUGCUGUCUUCCACGUACACAGUUGGUUCGUCCAGUCAGUGUUUGGAGUUCUGGUACCACAUGUACGGCAGUACGGUUGGCACCCUCAAUGUGUACCUGCGUAAACACAACAACAAUGGCAAAGCUGUGUUCACCAAGUCAGGUAACCAAGGCAACAGAUGGAUACGGGGACAGGUAGAACUUGCUGCUAAUUCAGAAAUUUUGAAUGUUGUCCUGGAAGGAAUUGUGGGAAGAUCUUUCCUGGGAGAUAUAGCUGUUGAUGACCUGGCGGUCAAAGCUGGCAGCUGUAGUGCCACACCAGGCAACUGCAAUUUUGAACUAGAUAUGUGUUCAUGGAGUAACGUACAUGGAAGUGAUAAUUUUGAUUGGUUGAGAGGAAGUGGGAAAACAACGAGUACAUCAACAGGACCGCAGAACGAUCACACAAAAGGGAAUGCUAGUGGUAAGUACCUCUUCAUUGAGACAUCGGCACCCCGUGCACUGGGAGACAGAGCCGUUGUACAGAGUGCCAUGUUUCCCGCCACUGCCAGCAAGUGUCUCAGCUUCUGGUACCACAUGUUCGGUUCCACUGUCGGCUCACUGAACGUCUACAUCCAAACACAGAACAGCAAAAAGUCAGUGAUCUGGACUCUCUCCAAGAACCAGGGCUUAGCCUGGCUGCAGGGUCAAGUCCAUAUACCAAGUCAGCAGUCAAGCUAUCAGAUUUUAUUUGAAGGGGUGAGAGGGAAUGGAUACACAGGAGAUAUUGCUAUAGACGAUAUCAACUUUAACCAGCUGAACCCGUCAUGUCAGCUUCUUCCAGCAAAAGCCAUUGCUACCACUCCAGCAACUUCUACUGUAGCCACAACAAUCCCUGCAAACAUUCCAGCUGGUUUCACCUGUAACUUUGAUCAAAACCUCUGCGGGUGGACUCAGGACAAGCGAGAUAACUUUGACUGGAAUCGCUUCAAGGGCUCCACAGCCAGCCAGGGUACUGGGCCCCGGUCAGACCACACGUCAGGACAUGGCUACUACGUCUACAUUGAGACCUCUCUACAGUCACGUAAUCAGAAAGCUCGUCUCGUGAGCCCCAAGAUAAACGGUGCAGCCAGAAUGUGUGUGAGCUUCUUCUACCACAUGUACGGACCCCACGUCAACACGCUGAAUGUGUACUUCCGCAGAGGCACCCGCCUUGGCAGCCCGGUGUGGAAGAUGACCGGCACCCAGGGCUUCAUGUGGCAUCGUGCCACCGUCCAGAUACCUGGCGGACCGACCACAGCUGCUGUCACUAAUGUUGUAUUUGAAGCUCUGAAAGGAAGAAGUUACCUAGGUGACAUAGCCAUUGAUGACAUCUCCAUGACGGCAGGAAGCUGCUCUCAAGCUCCAACCCCAUCAGCGAGCCCCGGAUCUGCCGUCACAUCUCCGAUUGACUGCACGUUUGAAGCCAACAUGUGUCACUACACACAGGACAAAAGUGAUCGCUUCGACUGGCUGAGGAGGCAGAGAAACACACAGUCUACAGGGACUGGGCCUACCAACGAUCACACAUAUGGAACAACUUCAGGUCACUACAUGUAUAUUGAAGCCUCCGCACCCCGACGGCCGGGGGACAAAGCUCGUCUGUGGACUCCACUGGUAACCCCUAGCAACGGAGGGUGUCUGACACUGUGGUACCACAUGUAUGGGAUCACCAUGGGAACACUGAAUAUCUACGCUGUGCAGAAUACGACCAGAGUCGUUCUGGGCUCGCCCAUAUGGAGCCGCUCGGGUAACCAAGGAAACUCGUGGUUACAAGAAUAUAUACCGCUUCCAAACUAUCCAAAAAUGAAUAUUGUGUUUGAAGGAGUUGUGGGUAGAGGGUUUGCUGGAGAUGCAGCUAUUGAUGAUGUCAAACUUCUUCGGUCUUGUCCAACUCCAGGUGACUGCAACUUUGAGACAGGUUUGUGUGGUUGGUCAAACUCUCACACAGAUAAAUUCGACUGGCUCCGAUACAAACUCAUCUUUCACCGAUUUGGUCGACACCCAGCCACAGAUCACACUUACAGUGCUUUCAGAAAGGGGACAUACAUGUUUGUCGGUGAUCGGACCCGUCUUCCAAUCAACUCCGUAGCAAAUUUUGUGUCCCAAUCAUUUAGUCCGACAAGUUCCAGUUCGGUCUGUCUCAACUUCUGGUAUACAUUGUAUGGAACGUCAUUUGCAACUCUCACCAUCCAGUUUCAACAGACCUCAAAAUUACCUGUUAGCAUUUGGAAAGUGAGCAGUAGCCGCUUAUCAACAUGGAAAAAUGGACAGGUUUCCUUCUUCAGUGCCGUGCCGUACCGCAUCACCUUUCAACUGGUGCGUAAUGGAGGCCGAAUCGGCUACGCAACCAUAGAUGACAUCGUGUUCAAACCGGGCAAAUGCCAGACAACACCAAGCACUGCCAACACUGGAUUAAUAGUUGGAACAGCACCGCCCGUGAAGACAACGUUAAUCCCACCUACCGCAGCUCCUUCAGCUUAUGACUGCACAUUUGAGAAAGGUAUGUGCAGCUGGACUCAGAUGAAAGACGACCAGUUUGAUUGGACGAGACACAACGGGAAAACGACGUCUGUAAAUACCGGCCCAUCUGUUGAUCACACUCUCGGCACAAAUGCUGGUUACUACGUAUACAUUGAGACGUCUAGCCCAAGAAGAGCGAAUGAUAAGGCUCGCCUCCAGAGUGCCAUGGUUACCACGACAUCACAGCAGUGUCUUCACUUCUACUACCACAUGUACGGCCCCCACGUCAACACUCUCAACGUCUACCUCAAGUCGGGCUCCCAGCUCGGUAAGCCUGCGUGGUCUCGGACUCGGACUCAGGGAAACCGGUGGAUCAGGGCCGACGUGGACAUCAGCAGCAACAAGUCGUAUACCAUCAUCUUUGAAGGGGUCCGAGGAACAAGCUUUGCUGGAGACAUAGGCCUGGACGAUAUCUCCCUGACAAAUGGGGCUUGUGGUGCCCUACACAAAUGUGGCUUUGAGAACACCAACCUGUGUGGUUACACCCAGGACACCAGAGACGACUUCAACUGGAUACGAAUCAGUCGGGGCACCAAGUCUUCUUUUACUGGGCCAUCAAACGAUCACACAUACGGCUCUAGCAGAGGUCACUAUAUGUACAUAGAAUCGUCGGCUCCGAGGAAGCGAGGACAGAAAGCUCGGUUGAUGAGUCCGGUACAACCAGCAACCACCGGCAUGUGCUUGUCCUUCUGGUACCACAUGUAUGGUGUCUCCAUGGGAACGCUUAAUGUGUACGCCAUGGUGGGGUCGCAGCUCGGUGGAAAGCUCUGGUCUCGCUCGGGUAAUCAAGGCAACAAGUGGUUUCAGGCACAAACGACGAUCAAAUCACGGAGUUCUUGGCAGGUUGUGUUUGAGGGUGUUAUUGGUAACGGGUUCAACAGUGACAUGGCCGUUGAUGAUGUGCUCCUGUCUCCGGGGGUGUGUGGGACGGCUGGAGACUGCGACUUUGAACACAACUUCUGUACGUGGAGUAACAUCGGGGGAGAUAACUUCGACUGGCUGAUCGGGAGAGGGUCAACACCCAGUUCCUUCACGGGACCCCAGAACGAUCACACACAAGGAAAUCCGCAGGGCCAUUAUGCGUUUGUGGAGUCGUCAGCCCCCCGUCGCCCCGGAGACAAGACAUGGCUGGCAAGUUCACCACUACAGCCUUUCAGUGGAAGCAGGUGUUUCAGCUUCUGGUACAAUAUGUAUGGCAACUCUAUAGGGUCUUUGAAUGUGUACAUGGAUGAUGCGAGAAACACGACACACACUCUAAUCUGGUCACAGUCUGGAAACAAGGGAAAGAACUGGCUUCAGGCGCAUGUUCCCCUCACAGCUCAGUCCAAGGCAUAUGUUAUUCGAUUUGAGGGUGUCCGAGGAAUAAACUAUUAUGGUGACAUUGCUAUAGAUGACAUCACCUUCAUCUCUUCAACCUGUGGAUAUCUGCCCAUCUCGGCAAAUCCAGCCAAAAUAUUGUCGACAACACCACUGCCAACAUCACCCACACCAACUCCAUUUGUUUCCCAGUCGACGUAUGACUGUGACUUUGACAAGAACUUGUGCACGUGGACACAGGCCCGAGAUGACCAGUUUGACUGGUCUCGGUCCCAGGGUCCGACUGGCAGUGUUAACACCGGACCGACCACCGAUCACACCACAGGAACACGCCAAGGUUGGUAUGUGUACAUCGAGACGUCGGCUCCGCGGGUGACAAAUGACAAGGCUAGAUUAGAGUCAGCAUACUUGGUGAUCAGCCAGCCGUACUGCCUGCAGUUCUGGUACCACAUGUACGGGCCACACGUCAACCAGCUCAACAUCUACCUCAAGAAUGGUCAACAGCUGCACUCAGCGGUUUGGAGCAAGUCACGAUCUCAGGGCAACAAGUGGGUGUUUGGCCAGGUGUCCAUCCCCAGACAAACGAAGAACACGAAGGUCGUCUUUGAGGGAGUGCGUGGACCGGGCUACGCCGGAGAUAUCGGACUCGAUGACAUCAAGAUGACUACUGGAGGGUGUCACAGUGCAGGUGGGUCCCAAAUUAGCUGCACAUUUGAGGACCCCAAGCUGUGUGGGUGGACUCAAGACAAAAGUGACAAGUUUGACUGGUCGCGUCACGGUGGCAGGACGUCAUCAUCCGGGACAGGCCCCACCAACGAUCACACACUGGGAACCAUUCAAGGCAAAUAUAUGUACAUUGAAUCGAGCGCUCCGCGUCGGCCUGGCGACAAGGCUCGACUGAUCAGUCCGCAGGUGACCGUCACAGGUCCGCAGUGUCUGACAUUCUACUACCACAUGCAUGGCAUUCACAUCGGCAAGCUGAACGUCUACACAAAGACUGGGACACGUCUGUCAAGCCCACCGAUCUGGACGAAGUCUCUGAAUCAAGCCAACAAGUGGAUCCCAGCUCAGGUGACCUUCCAGUCGACCCAGCCGGUCCAGAUCGUGUUCGAGGGAGUUGUCGGGCGGAGCUACCUCGGUGAUAUCGCCAUCGAUGACGUCAGCUCCAAGUCAGGAACAUGUUCCAGGACUGGCAACUGUGACUUUGAGAGUGGAUUUUGUACGUGGACCAACCCUAGAGGUGUGGACCAGUUUGACUGGAUCAUCGGUCAUGGUGGAACCAACAGCAGAUUCACGGGUCCCAGCUUUGACCACACCAAGCACAGUGCCCUAGGUCACUACGCGUUCAUCGAAUCGUCCGCCCCACGUCGCCCCGGCAACAGGGCAUGGCUGCAGACCCCUCUCCGCCAGCCCUCCUCCGACGUGUGCCUCAGCUUCUGGUUUCACAUGUACGGGUCCUCCACGGGAACGCUGAACGUCAAAUACUACAACCAAAAAACCAACGCCUCCACCUUGCUCUGGACGCUCAGUGGUAACCGUGGUGACCUCUGGGUAUCCGGCAGGGUCACUGUCCGCAGCACUGACCCCUACUACGUGAUAUUUGAAGCAAUUCGAGGAAACAGUUUCACCAGUGACAUAGCUCUUGAUGAUAUCUCCUUUACAGACUCCAGCUGUUCUAUACUUCCAUACGAAGCUGGCGCUGCCACCCUCAAGCCAAUUGUUACUACCAUGGCAACAAAACUAACAACGCCAAUUCCGUCACCAUAUGACUGUAAUUUUGAACACGGUCUGUGUAAGUGGACACAAGCGAGGGAUGACCAGUUUGACUGGACACGGACAAAAGGUCCAACAAGCUCACAGGGGACAGGUCCAGCCACUGACCACACAACAGGAACAGGCCAAGGAUACUACAUCUUUAUCGAGACCUCUCUUCCACGGCGGGUAAACGACACAGCGCGUCUGCUGUCGCCAUCAUUCCCGGCUCAGUCCGGUUCCUCAUGUCUCCGGUUCUGGUACCACAUGUAUGGGGGACACGUGAACCGGCUCAACGUGGACGUUAUCAUGGGCUCCACUAAACAGGUGGUGUGGACGAAGCAAGGAUCACAGACCAACAGCUGGCAUCAGGCCAUUGUCAGCAUCACAGGCAUUCGUACUUUUAAGAUUGCUAUCGAGGGUGUACGAGGUGUGAAUUGGCAGGGUGACAUUGCAGUUGAUGAUAUCACAUACUCCACAUCUCCAUGUGCUGCUGCAACAAUCUCUUCGUGUAACUUUGAAGACUCCCAUCUCUGUGGCUAUACUCAGAGUCAACAAGAUAAGAUAGACUGGACGUGGACCUCCAAGCGUACCACGAGUGUGGGAACCGGGCCGACAAAUGAUCACACAUAUGGGACUGCAUCAGGUCAUUAUGUGUACAUUGAAGCAAGUCUGCGAAGAAGGGGAGACAAUGCCCGUCUGAUCACCCCGGUGAUGGCACCGACCGCGGGUUUGUGUCUGAAAUUCUGGUAUCACAUGUACGGCACUCUGAUGGGAACUCUGCGUAUUCUCGUUAACAAGAAGUCGACACCCUCGGUUUUCACACCCGUCUGGUCGCAGUCGGGUAACCAUGCCAACAAGUGGAUGACCGAUGCCGUGACACUCAGGAGCAGUUCCAACUUCUCGGUCGUCUUUGAGGGAAUAGUCGGUUCCGGCUUCAGCAGUGACAUCGCCCUCGACGACAUCAGCUUCCAACCAGGGUUGUGUUCCCUUCCAGGGAAUUGUGACUUUGAGCAUGGCGGAACCUGCAUGUGGACAAAUCUUCGUACCGGGGAUCAGUUUGAUUGGCUGUUGGGACGAGGCCAGACAAGCAGUCUCUACACCGGACCAAACUUUGAUCACACCACCAUGGGAGGCAGCGGUCACUAUCUGUUCAUAGAGUCGUCAGCACCAAGAAGACAGGGCGACAAGGCCAUCAUGCAGAGUCAGACGUUCCCAGCCACCUCCGGCCGAUGUUUUCACUUCUGGUAUCAUAUGCUGGGCAAUGGUAUCGGCACACUGAAUGUCUACCUCGUGUCCGGGUCAACAAGGACAAAGCUGUGGUCACUCAGUGGUGACCAGAAAGAUGUCUGGCACUUCGGACAGAUGGCGGUCAACAGUCACAGGCAGAAGUACCAGAUUCAGAUGGAAGGAACUGUGGGAAGUAAUUACCAUGGUGAUAUUGCUGUUGACGACUUCACCUUCUCCAACUCAUACUGCACAUUACAACCGACUACAGCUAAUCCACUCGGCCAGACAACACCAACAAGCACCCCGGGUACCACUGUUAAAGUUGGACCUACACCAAGUGCCACUAAGUAUGACUGUAACUUUGAAAGUGGAUUGUGUCUGUGGAAACAAGCGACCAAUGACAACUUUGACUGGACGCGGACUCAGGGCCCUACUGGUUCUUUGUCCACCGGUCCCACCAACGACCAUACAACGGCCACAGGUAAAGGUUGGUAUGUGUUUAUCGAAGCGUCGAAUCCUCGCAAACCCAACGACACGGCUCGCCUGGUGAGUCCAGUCAUCUCAGACAAUCAGCCGCGGUGUGUCAGUCUCUGGUAUCACAUGUACGGCACCGACAUCAACACUCUCAAUGUCUACUGGAAGAAAUCCACCAACUCGGGAACUGGAACCGUCAUCUGGACGCGAUCGGGAACACAGGGUAACCAGUGGAAGCAAGCUUUUGCCACCAUCACACCUAAAGCACCAUACCAAGUAAUCAUCGAAGGUGUGAGAGGACUCAACUUCCGUGGUGACAUAGCCGUGGACGACAUUCGCCUGUCACAGGGAGCAUGUCAGUCUCAAGCCAUUUCCAAGUGUACGUUUGAAACCUCACAGAUCUGUGGCUACACCCAGGACAAGACUGACACGUUUGACUGGACCUGGCAUCACGGGUCAACGGUGAGCGUGUCCACCGGACCAUCUGUUGACCACACACUCGGGACAUCCUUUGGCCACUAUGUGUACACAGAGACAUCGGCACCACGCAAACGAAACGAUCGCGCACGACUCGUCAGUCCAAAGUUCAAUGCCAGUGGAAAUGCCAAGUGUCUGCAGUUCUUUUUCCACAUGUAUGGGCUCCACAUUGGAACACUGAAUGUCUAUUCGAAACCAGUUGGCACGACAACAAACUACACAACGCCCCUGUGGUCGCGGUCGUUCAACCAAGGCAACAUGUGGCACAAGGGCCAGGUUUCCAUCUACGCGACAACACAGUAUCAGAUUGUUUUUGAGAGCAUCGUUGGGUCUGGUUUCCUGGGCGACACAGCACUGGACGAUGUUUCCAUCACUGACGGAGCUUGUCCUGCAACAGGCAACUGCGAUUUUGAGAAAGACCUCUGUACUUGGACAAACACAAAACAGCACGACAACUUUGACUGGCUGCGAUCACGUGGCAAGACCUCCUCACCAAACACAGGUCCGUCGUCCGACCACACCCGAGGCAGUUCCCUCGGCUACUACAUGUACAUUGAGACGAGCUCUCCACGUGUUCCCGGCGAUAUGGCCCGCCUGCUCAGCCAGGUGUUCCCGCCAGUGAAGGGCGACGCCUGCAUGGUGUUCUAUUACCACAUGUACGGGCAGGACGUGGGCUUCCUGCGAGUCAAAGUGCUGACCAACAUCUCCAAUGACAGACUGACGACUGAAGCGACGCUGUGGCAGCUGCAGGGCGAUAACGGUAACACAUGGUACAACGCACAGGUGAAUGUGUCGGCAGUUUACACAGCAAAACCGUACCAGAUCAUUAUCGAGGGUGUUCGAGGAAAGAGCUAUUACAGUGAUAUUGCCAUCGACGAUAUCAGCUUCUCGCAGGCAUCGUGUAAAACAAUGCCUGAUAUCGCUCAACCUGCAUCACAAAUAAGUGCCACCGCCCACUGCGGGUUUGAUUCUAACAGGAUCUGUCAGUGGACACAGAGCAAACAUGACCAGUUUGACUGGACACUCAACUCCAAGGCGACACCCUCGCCAGGCACUGGACCUCUCACUGACCACUCGGGCACAGGAUAUUACAUCUACCUGGAAUCAUCGGCGCCACGGAAACCAAACGACAAGGCCGUCCUCCUGUCUCCCACUCUGCAGCCGGUCGGUGUGAGCUGCUUCACGUUCUGGUAUCACAUGUUCGGACCUAACAUCGGCACACUCAACUUCUAUUCCUCCAUCAGGGGACACAGGGUGAUGCAGUGGACGAAGUCUGGAACGCAGGGGAACAUGUGGAAGCUAGGGCAGUUUACACUGAACAGUACGACAAACUUUCAGAUACAAGUGGAAGGAGUGCUGACCACAGGAUGGGCCGGUGACAUUGCACUGGAUGACUUUGAUGUCAACCAAGGCCAGUGUUCUUCAACAAAAACGUGUGACUUUGAGAAAGAUUUGUGCGGAUAUACACAGGAUAGGAGUGACAAUUUUGACUGGACACGCUUCAGACGAUCAACAAGUAGUAUUGGAACUGGUCCGACAGCCGACCACACAAAAGGAACUAGCACUGGAUACUACAUGUACAUUGAGGCGUCUGCUCCAAGGCGAUCUGGUGACAUUGCUCGCCUCAUGUCUCCUCUGUACGACCCGAGCACGGCCGAGUGUCUCCAGUUCUACUACCACAUGCAGGGCCGCACCAUGGGCACACUCAACGUCUACCUGCAGCCCUCGGGCAGCUCCCGCGGUCCCGCGGUUUGGACCAGGCACGGGAACCAGGGAACCAGGUGGAUUAAAGGCCAGGUCACCAUUAAAACAACAACAAAAUACAAAGUGGUGUUUGAGGGUAUCCGUGGCAGUAGCUUCUACAGCGACAUCGCCAUUGACGACAUCUUCAUCAGUCCCAGUGCCUGUCCGCAGCCAGCAUCAUGCGACUUUGAACGUGACACAUGCAGUUUCGUCAACAUCAAGGGUGACCAGUUGGACUGGACCCGCUCCAAGGGUGGCACCAAAACCUACUUCACAGGACCCACCGUCGACCACACAACUAACUCUCCUAAUGGCUACUAUAUGUUCAUGGAAUCAAGUGCUCCUGCAAGGGCUGGGAACAAGGCAUGGCUGCUUAGUGAACGACUCAACCCUACAACAGGAUCCUGUUUCACCUUUUACUACAACAUGUAUGGUGCAGGUAUGGGAAGUCUUUCCGUGUAUCAGCUCGGCUCCCACAACCAGACCGUGUUCUCCUCCACUGGUAACAAGGGCAACGUGUGGCUCCACGCCCAGAUCACUGUUAAGUCUACCACGCCCUUCCAGUUCAUGUUCGAAGCAACCAAGGGAGUUAACUACACCAGUGACAUUGCCGUUGACGAUGUGCUUUACCAGCAAGGCAUUUGUUCAGCCCAUCCUACUUCCCCCACCAGGGUUACCCCUCCUCUUCCAACGACAGCUCCAUUGUUGAGCUGUGACUUUGAGCAUGGUUUGUGCGGUUGGGCCCAGGACAGGACUGAUAACUUUGACUGGACGCUAAACCAGGGCAGAACCGGGAGCUCAUACACGGGACCACCGUUUGAUCACACCUUCAUGAACACAAGAGGUCACUACAUCUACAUAGAAGUAUCAGGAAAGCGACUCAACUCGCUGGCACGGAUUUUGUCUCCAAGUUUGCACACAACAGGAAAGACAUGUGUGACGUUCUGGUACCACAUGUACGGAUCUCACGUCAACAAACUGAACGUGUACGUGAAGCAUGGCGCGACUCUCGGCUCAGCCGUGUGGACGAAACAGGGAACACAGGGAAAUAAGUGGAACUUGGCUACCGUGGAAAUCGGACCUCAGUCGAGAUCACAGAUUGUCUUUGAAGGAGUCAGUGGGAUUAGUUUCCGCGGAGACAUUGGUCUGGAUGAUAUUAAAAUUCUCAAUGGUCCCUGCCCUCCACCAGCAUUCUGUGACUUUGAAGACAGCAAUCUGUGCGGCUACCAGCAAGAUGUGAAUGAUAACUUUGACUGGACGCGUCAACACGGCAGAACUGCCUCAGUUGGCACUGGGCCAUCGAACGAUCACACCUACGGCACCUCACAAGGCCACUAUCUGUUCAUUGAGUCGUCCCAGCCACGCCAUCCCGCAGACAAGGCCCGAAUCUACAGCAAGGUUUACGGUCCGACCAGCGGUCAGUGCCUCAGUUUCUGGUACCACAUGUAUGGGCAGGACAUCGGGACACUGAAUGUGUACCUGGCCCCAACCAGCAGCAAGCAGUUACCUAAAGCCAUAUUCAACAUGUAUGGAAACCAGGGAACGUCAUGGAAACAGGCGCGGCUUAACAUUGCCUUGCAGAAAAACUUCCAGAUUGUAUUUGAAGCAAUAGUAGGACAAGGUUACCAUGGAGACAUAGCAAUUGAUGAUGUUGGAGUUGCCAACAGUCCGUGCAGGUCUCUUGUUGCCUGCGACUUCGAACAGGACCUCUGUGGCUGGGUCCAGAGCAGGAAAGACAAGUUUGAUUGGAUGUUAAGACACGGGUCAACUCCAUCACAGCUGACUGGACCGUCUGUGGACCACACUCUUCACACCAGCAGUGGUAAAUAUGCCUACAUUGAGUCAAGCAGCCCUAACAGACCAGGCUACUAUGCUGUCCUGCGUUCCCAGGUGAUCCCAAUAGACUCCUCCAUACCCAAUUAUUGCAUGACAUUUUGGUACCACAUGUACGGAAAAACUAUCGGCAGCCUCAGCAUUGGGCUGUCUUAUCCCAGCCAGGCGCCCAGCAACAUCUUCGCGAUGAGCGGAAACCAAGGAAACAAGUGGAGGCAAGGCUUUGCCAGGAUAGAUAACCCGUUCGAUCAGUUUCAGCUGCUGGUGAAUGCAACUGUGGGCAGUGGGUUUUCUGGAGACAUUGCAAUAGAUGACAUCAAACUAGUAGACGAUUCAUGUGAUAAUGUUCAAGGAAAUUCAAAUGGAAUGUUUAAUUGUCAAAACUCUGCCAACACAACAAUACCACAGAGCAAGGUGUGCGACUUCAUCAGAGACUGCCCUAACGCCAACGACGAGAUCAACUGUGGCGACUGUGACUUUGAGAACGGCUACUGCACCUGGAUUGACGACAGUACCGGCCGCUUCCAGUGGACGCUUGGCCGCAACCAGACGGCCACCUCUAACACUGGACCCAGCUUUGACCACACGCUAAAUGGCGCUAAAGGACACUACUUGUAUGUGGAUGCAAAUUUUGGCACAGCAUCGAGUGUGGCGGAAAUUGUAAGCAGGAAGCUGGGAGCCUCGAGUAGCACCUGUCAGAUCAGCUUCUGGUAUCACAUGCAUGGAGCAGGAAUUGGAACUCUGAGAGUAGGGAUUCGCGAGAAUGGCCGAGACACGAUGCUGUGGACCCAGCAUGGCGAACAGGGCACCAAGUGGAGGCAGGCUGUCGUGGGCAUAGGACGGGUCGCCACAUCGUUUAAAAUUUUCUUUCAAGGCACUCGUACAUACAGUAUUCUUGGUGACAUUGCUAUUGAUGAUAUUCAGUUUAUCAACUGUAACUACCCACCGAUCCAGACAUCGUGUACCAGCAGUCAGUUCCGGUGUAAGCGAGGUUCCUGUGUUCCUCUCGGUCAGAUUUGUGAUUUCUCUGACGACUGCGGUGACAACAGUGACGAAAUAUCAUGCAAUUUGUACCCAGCGCGCUGUGACUUUGAAGCCAGUCUGUGUAGCUGGAGUCAGGAUUCUAACGACAACUUCGAUUGGAAGAGAGCUAAUGACAAGACAGCAUCCAGCAUGACAGGACCUUCCAGAGACCACACCCGAGGAACAGCUAAUGGUUACUACCUGUACAUUGAAACAUCCGCUCCACGGAAACGAGGAGAUGUUGCUAGACUCAGCAGUCCGACUUUCUCUGCAACACAAAGUCAUAAGAGAGCUGCAUCUCAGAUCUGUACGCUCCGACUGUACUACCUGAUGUUUGGCAGUUCUAUCGGUGCACUCAAUGUGUACACACGAACAAGCACUUCGGGAAGUCUCAACAAGAUUUGGAGCAGAGUGGGAAAUGUUGGUGACUUCUACGAACGAGCUGAUUUACAGAUUUUCACAAAUAAGCCAUUCCAGGUUGUGAUAGAGGGAGUUGUAGGGAAUGGCUAUACAGGAGAUAUUGGAAUUGAUGACCUGUCCAUGUCUUCAGGAUGUCACCUUACAGGAACACCACUUGUUACUGGAAGUCCACCUCCAGCCACCACACCAAACCCAUGUGGUGUUACCCAGUUCAAGUGUUCAACAGGUUCACAGUGCAUCAACAAAACUCAGGUCUGCGACUUCAUUCCUCAGUGUCUUGACAAGUCUGACGAAAGCUCUUGUGGCACCUGUGACUUUGAGAGCGGUCUUUGUGGCUGGACGUACUUCAGCUCGGGAAGAUGGCGGUGGAUGCGGUACACAGGAUCACAGGGUCGUCUUGGUCCAGCCACUGACCACACGACAUCGAAGUCAAGUGGACACUACGUGGCAGUGAUAAGAUCACCGGGGAUAUUCAGCUCGAGAGCUCAGCUUACGAGUCCGGUGCUCGGCGCCACAGGACCCAGUUGUAGAAUACAGUUCUACUACCACAUGCUGGGACUUAGUGCAGGAAAUCUACGAAUACGACUACAAAAUUCUAAAAUGUUGAGUGAUAUGACAACCCUCUGGUCAAAAACUGGUAACCAAGGAAACUCAUGGCAUGUUACUACAGUUGAUAUCGGCAUGAACUGCACCUUUGACUCAGGCUGGUGUGGCUAUUUCCAAGAAACGACGGAUGAUUUUGACUGGCAGAUGUUGAACAAAGCUACGACUAGCAAAGGAACUGGCCCGUCACACGACCACACAUCAGGUCACGGAUUCUACAUCUACAUCGAGACCUCGGCGCCGAGACGACGCGGUGAGAAGGCAAGACUGUCGUCGGGAAUCCAGAAGCCAACACCAUCAACAGGCGUGUGUCUGAGCUUCUGGUACCACAUGUAUGGGCCGUACAUCAGCACACUGAACGUGUACCUGCAGACCUCGACCAACACGAGUCUGCAGUGGAAGAGAACGUCCAACCAGGGAAAUGUGUGGAGACACGCACAGAGGACCAUCCACAGUUCCAGUCAGUAUCAGAUUGUUUUCGAAGGGGUGGUGGGAAAGAGUUACCUUGGCGACAUAGGGCUGGAUGACAUUUCAGUUGUCCCAGGGCCAUGCACUUCACCAUUAAUGUGUGACUUUGAAGUAGAUUUCUGUGGCUUCACGCAGGACAAGACUGAUGUGUUUGACUGGACUAGACAGCAGAAUGGAACAAUCUCAGUAGGAACUGGGCCAAGCUACGACCAUACCACAGAAAGUAGUCAAGGAUGGUACAUCUACAUCGAGUCUUCAACUCCACGACACAGUGGUGAUAAUGCCCGGCUUACCAGUCUGCUGUACCCCGCCACAACGCAGCCCAUGUGUCUCAAAUUCUGGUACCACAUGUACGGGUCUCUAGUCGGCAAGCUGAACGUCUACAUCAAGUCCAGCGUCAUCUGGAGUCAGACUGGAAACGAAGGGAAUUUCUGGCAUCAUGCAGCUGUCACAGUCAACCAACAACAGCCCUGGCAGGUUGUAUUUGAGGGCGUUGUCGGCAAGAGUUACAGGAGCGACAUUGCGCUUGAUGACAUCAGGAUUGUUGAUGGCCAGUGCCCGCCACCGGGAAGCUGUACAUUCGAGUUCGACAUGUGUGGCUACAACAAUGGCCACAACCUCGGUGAUCAGUUUGACUGGCUCAGAACAUCCGGCACAACGCUCACAGCGGGCACUGGACCCCAGGUCGACCACACAACCAAUUCAGAUCAAGGUUUCUAUGUGUAUGUUGAAUCAAGUGGGAGAAACUCGGGUCAGCGUGCAUGGCUAUACAGCGACUUCCUGGCUCCAACCUCCAAGGCUUGUGUCUCUUUCUGGUACUUCAUGUACGGCAGAGAUGUUGGUGUCCUUCGAUUGUAUCAGCCAACCCAGUCCGGCAGCAAAUUGUUGUGGAAUAUAACCGGCAACCAAGGAAAUGUUUGGAAGCAAGCUCAUGUAGAAAUUUCCAGCACUGUGCAAUAUCAGAUAACAUUUGAUGGACAAAUAGGCAAGGGUUACCUAGGAGAUAUUGCACUGGAUGACAUUGCUGUAACACCCGGCUCGUGUAACAAAAUGACAACAGUAUCCACCCCACAGCCUGUCACUGCUGUUACAUUCGCACCAAACUCACUGGGCUGCAACUUCGACCAGAAGACAGUCUGCUCGUGGACCCAAGACAAGACGGAUAACUUUGACUGGAUUUUGCAACAAAACUCAACAGGCUCGCUCGGCACGGGGCCCAUGUUUGAUCACACCACACAGAAUUUCAAAGGCUAUUACAUCUACACAGAAGCGACAGGUAGACACCGAAACAACACUGCACGUCUGCUAAGUCCGGCAUUGACUGUGGACACAGUGGGCAAAUGUCUCAAGUUUUACUAUCAUAUGUAUGGAACUAAUGUUGGAAAGCUCAACAUAUACAGCAAACAGGGCAACAACCUGGGCACUCCAAUGUGGACUCGUGCAGGAGAGCAGGGAGAUAAAUGGAUAUAUGGAGAUCUGUACAUCACUCCACAAACCCUAUCUCCUCCCCAGACUGUGCCAACAUCAAUCCAGAUGGUCAUAGAAGGAGUUAUUGGGAAUGGAUUCCGGAGUGACAUUGCUGUUGACGACAUUGCCAUCAAUGAUGGACCAUGUCCACCAGAUAAUACCUGUGACUUUGAAGCCAGUAAUAUUUGUAGCUACAAACAAGACAAGACGGAUAACUUUGACUGGUCAAGACAACAUGGUCGAACAGCAACUCAAGGAACCGGUCCAGUCAGUGACCACACCUAUGGCACUUACAAUGGUUACUACAUGUUCAUCGAAGCAUCAUCUCCAAGACGGCGAGGUGACAAGGCCCGGUUGAUUGGAGCGCAUUUCACACGUACAUCUGGGGAGUGUCUGCGAUUCUUCUACCACAUGUACGGCUCGGGCACUGGGUCUCUCAAAGUGUACCUGCGACGCUACAACCGUCUCGGUCUAGCUGCCUGGACACUGACUGGUAACCAAGGAAACUUAUGGCUGCCUGCGCAAGUGAACCUUAACAGUAAUUCUCCGUUUGAUGUGGUAUUUGAGGCGUCGGUUGGGUCAAACUACCGGAGUGACAUCGCCAUUGAUGACAUCACAGUCCAGACGAGGCCGUGUCCUCCACCUGCCAGCUGUGACUUUGAGGUGGACACGUGCAUGUGGACUAACGACCAAGUCGGAGAUGAUUUCGAUUGGCUGCGCAACAAAGGUCGUACAACAUCUUCAUCAACAGGCCCACAGACUGAUCAUACUCUGAGCUCUUCACAAGGAUACUACAUGUACAUCGAGACAUCAACACCAACAAAACCCGGCCAGAAAGCACGUCUUAGAUCGGAAGUGUUACACAUGCCUUUGGGUGGCUGCUUCACCUUCUGGUAUCACAUGUACGGGACGACCAUGGGAACUCUGAACCUCUACGUCGACACCAACAUCGGCAUGGGAACAGCACCGCUACAGAAGCUGUGGAGUCGCAGUGGGAAUCAGAAAAACCAGUGGCAGAAUGCCGCUGUGUCUGUACAAUCGACGAAAAACUUCCGGCUGGUGAUUGAAGGCAUCGCUGGCGCUAGCUACACAAGCGACAUAGCCCUUGACGAUGUGCGAAUGACCCCAGGGCUGUGCGGCUCAACCAGUGCCCCAAGCUCUUCAUUCACCUGCAAGAGUGGACAGGUGAUUCCGCCGAACCAGGUGUGCGACUUCACGGCUCAGUGCACCGAUGGCAGCGACGAGCUGAAGUGUGGCAACUGCACAUUCGAGACGGAUCUGUGUAACUGGAACGACGUCAGUGUGGGCUCGUACCGGUGGCAGCGAGGACAAAACAGCUCGCUGUCAGCGAGUCGGGGUCCCCCUGUAGACCACACCACAAGAACGGCCAGGGGCUACUUCAUGUACGUGGAUGCAGCACAGGGCGCGUUCAACUCCAAGGCAUCGCUACAAAGCCCCGUCCUCCAGCGAUCGUUUUCAACAUGUCAGAUCCAGUCGGCACGAGGGUGA